AUGACAAGGCUUCUUCACUGCCCUCAAACACAAGAAGAACGUGUUGAACCUCUUAUUCGUUCAAAUCAGGCUCUCGUUCGUCCUCACAUAAGCAGGACAUCAACGACUCCUGAGCAACUUAUUACGGAGAUAAACAGUGGAGAGCGUUUGGCCCGGAGGGUGGAAUCUUUCAUGUCAACGAAGGAUGCUCUCAUCGAACACUUCCAACAGCAACAAGCCGCUCUUGCAGCCAAAGUCCAGCGACUUCAAGAAGAGUAUCUCUCUCUUCACGAGCGCUGGUUAUCACGCUGUCGUGUUCUUGAUGCACAGAACAAACUUCUACCGGCAGAGUUGGAGCCCCCCUUACCAUCCUCAAGUCGGACGACCCGUCGCACGGCUGCCACCUUGGGUGACGCUGUCCGUUCUGAUUUCGAGAUGGAGCAGAUUAUAGCGAGUCUCGGAAACGACGAAGCAACUGAUCCCGCUCAUCUGUCUCUGAAGAAUCAUGCCGUAAUACCAGACAUGAUCUCAGUUCAACGUGGGUCGGUCGACUAUGUCUACGACGACACGAAUCUGCUGGUCGAGAAUCCUUCGGAGUAUUACCGUCCUCGCACGGGGAUGGAUGAUUGGACACCGGAGGAAGAGCAGAUUUUCCAAGACCGUUACGCCGCCCAUCCCAAACAGUUUGGGAUUAUUGCGGAUUAUAUUCCCAAUAAAACGGCGGCGCAAUGUGUUGCAUAUUAUUAUCUGCACAAGAAGCAGCACAUCGACUUCCGCAAGGUCGUUUCCCAGUACGCGCCUAAACGGAGACGCCGGCGAACGGGAAAGCAGAAGGCCAACGCGCUCUUGACGGAUAUUAGGCAACAUGACGCUGAAGUCAAUGGUGAUGCUGAUGCACAGGAAACUACCGGAGGCCGUGGCCGAAGUAGAAGGGUUGCGGCUCGUAAGGUUCAGAUUGAAGAGACGCCUACAUCCACGCCGACACCAGAGCCUGAGCAAAAGGUACGACCUAAGCGACGUCGAACAGUUGCGGUGCGUUCUGGACUUUCUAUAAAUAAUAAUGAGGAGGAGGAGGGCACCGACCAGGAACGUAAACCCAAACGAACGAAACGGCAGCGCAAGGUCAAGUCGGCGGCGAUUGUUGAUGAAUCUCAAGCGUCAAUCGUUGAAAUGAAGUUUAUCGAUCAAAGUGAUCCUUCACAGCGUCGUAAGCCUCCUAUUGCCGUUACUCAAUGGUCCGAUGACGAUAAGAGUGCGUAG